AUGGAGCUACAGAACAAGAUAAUCUAUGUAUUAGGUGUUCGUCUAGUGGAUGGUCCGACACAGAAUCAAGGUCGUUUAGAGAUUUACCACAACGGAAAAUGGGGAACAGUCUGUGAUGACGAGUUCGAGACUGAUGAAGCCCAAGCUGUUUGUAAUGAGUUGGGUUACAGGUAUGGAACUGCCUUUGAGAGAUCAUAUUUCGGAAAUGGAUCUGGAGAUAUUUUUGUAGAUAAUCUGGACUGCUCUGAUCGCUCUUCUGGCCCAAACCAGUUACAACUGGGAGGAAAUUAUGCCAUUUCAAUGGAUGGGGCGAUCAUAACUGCAAUCACAGAGAGGAUGUUAGUGUUGUGUGUGAAGUGUGUGCACAAGGAACUUUUGGACAGUCCUGCUCAUCCAGGUGCCACUGUAGGUCGUCUGAGUGUGACCCUGAAACGGGUAACUGUACUCAUCAACCAAGUGGAUGUUUGGAUGGAUGGACUGGACCUCGAUGUGAUCAAGGAACUAAUAACGGAAUGUGAAGAAGGAACUUUCGGCUCUUCAUGCAGCCAGAAUUGUCAUUGUGAGAUACCAGGAUGUGAUAGUGCAACUGGUUUUUGUACAGGCGGUGUCUGCUUACCGGGAUGGCGGGGGAUGUCUUGUGCACAGGUGUGUGGACGUGGAACCUUUGGUCAGUCCUGCUUCUCUACAUGCCACUGUAAAAUCCUCGGUUGUGAUCCAGUGACUGGUGUCUGUACAAAUCAGUCGAGGGGCUGUUCCACUGGAUGGAGAGGGGACAGAUGUGACCAAGCAUGUGGAUAUCAGACGUUUGGCGAAUCCUGUUCUAACACAUGUCACUGUAGAUCUGCAGGCUGCAACCCAAUAAGUGGAGUUUGUGCAACACCCGGAGAUUGUCUGGACGGCUGGACAGGAGAUAAAUGUGACCAAGCUUGCAGCAAAGGAACAUUUGGCCAUUCCUGUUCCUCCAGGUGUCAUUGCAGGUCCUCAGGUUGUGACCCCGUAACUGGAAUCUGUACAAACCAGGAAGAUGGUUGUGAAGAUGGAUGGUCUGGAGACUCGUGCAAUCAUGUAUCAUGCAGAUAUCAAACCUUUGGCGAAUCCUGCUCCAACACAUGCCACUGUAGGUCAUCAGGCUGCAACCCAGUAAGUGGAGUAUGUACAACCACGGGGGAUUGUCUGGAAGGAUGGAGAGGUGAUAGAUGUAACCAAGUGUGCAGAAAUGGAACUUUCGGUCAUUCCUGUUCCUCCAGGUGUCACUGUAGGUCGUCAGGCUGUGACCCGGUAACUGGGAUCUGUACAAUCCAGACAAUAGGGUGUGAGAAUGGAUGGACUGGAAACUCGUGCAGUCAAGCAUGUGGAUAUCAAACAUUUGGCGAAUCCUGUUCUAACACGUGUCACUGUAGAUCCUCAAGCUGCAACCCAGUAAGUGGAGUAUGUAAAACUCCGGGGGAUUGUCUGGACGGAUGGACAGGUGAUAGAUGUGACCAAGCGUGCAGAAAUGGAACAUUUGGCCAUUCCUGUUCCACAAGGUGUCACUGCAGGUCUUCAGGUUGUGAUCUUGUAACUGGAAUCUGUACAAACCAGGCAAAGGGGUGUGAAGAUGGAUGGACUGGUAACUCGUGCAGUCAAGAGUGUGGACUGGGGUUAUUCGGUACUAACUGUUUAGAGAUGUGCCACUGCCUAGUACCCGGAUGUGAUCCUGUAACUGGUGUGUGUAGCACAGGUGACUGUCAGUCCGGAUGGAUGGGGCAAUCCUGUAAUAUAAGUAUGGAUCAAAGCUUCAAAAUGCAACGACAAGUGAAUACAUCAGAAUCUCGUGGUAACGGCUACGUUAUCGGCGUAGUUUUUCUGAGUGUUCUACUGGCUGUUUCUAUUGUGAUAAAUAUUGGCCUAUACAUCAUGAGAAGGAGAUCAGCAAGCCAAGAUGACAAAGAACCCUGUAUUUCGAAUUUACCUCAUCGUCAAUUGGAAUCCGAGGCACAGCCAGACUACGAUGCCAAAGGAGUACCUGCAAUCGUCAAAUACGAAAGAGGAUUUGGCAAUUUAGAGUUCAAUGCAUGAAGUAUCUGUGCGGCACACAAGUGAUCAACGUUUUCAAGACCACAUUCAAGUUUAGAUGUUCGGAAGAUGCCAUAUACAGGGGGAAAAUAUGCAUGUAAACAAUUUAUUUUCGCGACAGAAAAUAUUCAUCACCCCAUAGAUUCAUUUACGAGACAUUAGAUGUGCUUUUCUACCGAGUAUGUUAAUCUAUGAUGGAAUAUGUUAUAUAGCCCUUGACGUAUGCCCCGUUUGCUAUCGGUAAUCAUUUCUCAUAAAGAAUACAUUUAUGUCAAGUUAUGGUAUAUUACAAUAUCGGCUUAAUCUAACGUUGAAUCAGAAGCAUUACGAUUUUUUAAGGAUAUUACCGAAAAUGUAUAUCUAUGCAUUUCUCUUUUAAUACAUCUUAACCUACCUUUCAAUUGCAUUUGCGUGUACAAUUACCAUUUGAAUUUUACACUUACAAAGGUUUUUCUUUGAAAUACAUUCACGCACGGAAAACAAUGGAUUCCAUGGAAUGUCACUGUGUUUAUUUAGAUAAAAUACUGUUCAUUUCGCUAGUAACAUCAUGAAAUAUUAUUAUUUUACGUCUGGCGAGCUUUUAGUGAGUGAAAAAAUAAAAUAUCACGUG